AACCUAAUCAUGCCUGAUCGAUCACGCUCGACCAUGGAUCGCCCCCCGCCGACGACAACGACAGCGGAAGCGUCUAACGGAGGCGAAUCCCCUGCUCUCCGCCGCCUACGCCUCCUAUCCCUCCACCUCCACGAGCCCUCUCUGACCUUGGAUCGGGGUCUGGCCAUGAUCCCUUGUUCGAGCCGCGAUCGGAGGGUGGAGGCCAGCGGGCCGGCUCUUGCUGCUUACUUGAUGAGCCCGCACAGGGACAUACAGCUGAGGGUAUUCGAAUUCUUCCGCUCUCGCCUGGAGCUGCAAACACCGGUGGAGAUCUCCACCGACGACCACCGUGACCUUUGUAUGCGACAGCUCACCGCGCUCGUCCGUGAAGCUGGUAUCCGCCCCUUCCGCUAUGUCGUCGAUGACCCCUCCGUGUACUUCGCUAUCAGUGAGGCUGUCGGAGGUAUCGACAUCUCAUUGGGCAUCAAGCUGGGCGUCCAGUACAGCCUUUGGGGAGGUUCCGUUGUGAACUUAGGAACAAAGAAGCACAAGGAUAUGUACUUCGACGGCAUUGAUAAUUUGGACUAUCCUGGUUGUUUUGCAAUGACUGAACUACACCAUGGAUCCAAUGUACAAGGCUUGCAAACGACAGCUACUUUUGAUCCUGUUACUGAUGAGUUUGUAAUCGAUACUCCAAAUGAUGGAGCUAUAAAGUGGUGGAUUGGCAAUGCUGCAAUUCACGGGAAGUUUGCGACAGUCUUUGCAAGGUUGAUUUUGCCUCUCCAGGGUAAUGGAGGAGACUCUGCGGAUAUGGGUGUUCAUGCUUUCAUUGUCCCCAUCAGAGAUCUUAAGACCCACAAAGUUCUUCCUGGAAUUGAGAUUCAUGAUUGUGGUCACAAAGUGGGUUUGAAUGGUGUAGAUAAUGGUGCUUUGCGGUUUUGUUCUGUGAGAAUACCACGGGACAAUCUACUCAACCGAUUUGGAGAUGUUUCUAGAGAUGGGAAGUACACAAGUAGCCUUCCAACUGUCAAUAAAAGAUUUGCAGCUACUCUAGGGGAGCUUGUUGGGGGUAGAGUUGGCCUGGCAUAUUCUUCUGGGGGUGUUCUGAAGAUUGCAGUUACUAUCGCUGUGAGAUACUCAUUACUCCGCCAUCAAUUUGGACCCCCUAAACAACCAGAAGUCUCCAUUCUCGAUUACCAAUCUCAGCAGCACAAGCUCAUGCCCAUGCUUGCAUCGACAUAUGCUUUUCACUUUGCGACGCUUUAUUUGGUGCAGAAGUAUUCAGAAAUGAAGAAGGCACAUGAUGAUGCUGUUGUUAGUGAUGUCCAUGCUCUCUCAGCUGGUCUGAAAGCUUACAUUACAUCCUAUACAGCUAAAUCUAUUAGCACAUGCCGUGAAGCUUGUGGCGGCCAUGGUUAUGCCGCUGUAAAUCGGUUUGGCAUUCUGCGGAAUGACCAUGAUAUAUUUCAAACAUUUGAAGGGGAUAACACAGUUCUCCUACAACAGGUGGCGGCAGACCUCUUAAAACAAUAUAAGGAGAAGUUUCAAGGAGGAACACUCUCUGUAACAUGGAACUACUUGAGAGAUUCUAUGGCUUCCUAUCUCACCCAGCCAAAUCCAGUCACAGCUAGGUGGGAAGGAGAAGAUCACUUGAGAAACCCAGUUUUUCAACUUGAUGCUUUCCGGCAUCGAACCUCUCGGCUACUACAAAGUGCUGCAACUCGACUUCACAAGCAUAACAGAUCACUAGGUGGAUUUGGUGCAUGGAACAGAUGUUUAAAUCAUCUUUUAACACUCGCCGAGUCACAUAUUGAGUCUGUCAUUCUUGCAAAGUUUAUUGAAGCAGUGCAAAGCUGUCCUGAUAAGAAAACUCAGAAGGUUCUGAAACUAGUUUGUGAUCUUUACGCAUUGGAUCGAAUUUGGAAUGACAUUGGCACUUAUAGGAAUGUUGACUAUGUGGCUCCAAAUAAAGCCAAGGCUAUUCACAAGCUGACAGAGUACCUUAGCUUCCAAGUGAGGGGAGUUGCAAGAGAGCUGGUCGAUGCAUUUGAUCUUCCAGAACUUGUGACGCGUGCACCCAUCGGAAUGCCAUCAGAAGCGUAUGCUAACUAUACACAGUACAUAGGAUUUUAGCUUUAACACUAAGAUCCCACAUGUUAUAACAAUAAUCUUCACUGCCUUUAAUGUGAAAUAAAACUAUACGGUUUAUUGUAUCAUAUCAGGCUGCAUAUUAUUAUUUCUCCUGGCUUUAGUAAA